AUGUAGAUAUGGCUAGAAGAAGGCAACCAUUAGUGUCAUUAGAGAAGGAAAGAUUAGCUGAGAUAAAUGAAGAGCUACUAAUGAGUGGUUUCACUGAAGCUAAAUGGUUUAAGUUAGGAAUGAUCCUUGGUUUAAGCCUCCAGACACUGAAAACAAUUGAAUCAGAUUAUAAAGGAGAUGGAGCUAGUCGUUGCCUGAUGGAGUGUCUAGAGAAAUGGCUCUCUAGAGCAGAUAAUGUAACUGGACCAUUGUCUUGGAUCACAUUGGCUAAUGGACUACGUAGAAUUGGAGAAGUAUCAUCAGCUGAAAAGAUCAGUAAAUGUAAGUGUUGUUAA